AUGGCACCUGAUAAGAAAUGGAUGCAACUUAUUCAUAAUAGACUUGAUGAUGCUUAUAUACAUGGGGUGGAAAUCUUUCUGAAUUAUACUUUUACAAGAUUGAGGGAAGCGAAUGAAAUAAGAUGCCCAUGUGUCAAAUGUUGUAAUGCAGUGUCUCGAACACGAGAGAUUGUUAGAUCACAUUUAAUAGUACAUGGAAUAAUUCAAAAUUAUACCUUUUGGUAUCACCAUGGAGAGACGAUAGGUGAGACAGAAGAACCAGAUUCUGAAUCUGUAAAUGACGAUGAUAAAAUUGGCGAGGAUCAUGAGGAGGAUGAAAUACAUGACAUUCUCAUAGAUUUACAUCCUUUUUAUAAUGUAGAUAAUAUGAAUAUUGGCGAUGAUGAUGUUCUCGAGGAGGAACCAAAUCCUGAAGCAAAAAGAUUUUAUAGUCUUUUAAAGGAUUUUGAUCAACCCCUGUACGAAGGUUCAAAACUUUCAAAACUUUCUACGUUGGUGAAAUUGCUUCAUAUUAAAAGUAUUGGUCGUUGGAGUAAUAACUCAUUUAAUAUGUUAUUGAAGAUGUUAAAGAAAGAUUUGUUGCCUGAUAAAUCAAACUUGCCAGAUUCAUAUUACGAAGCAAGGAAGCUAAUUAAAAGCCUAGGGCUUUCAUAUGAUCGGAUCGAUGCAUGUAGGAAUGAUUGCAUGCUAUAUUGGAAGAAUGACAAGUUUGUUGAUUCUUGCAAAAUUUGUGGCGCAUCUAGAUGGAAGGAGGAUAAACAUAAUGGGGAAUCUAAAAUUAAAAAGGGGAAAAAGAUACCAUACAAGAUCUUACGCUAUUUUCCUUUAAAGACAAGACUUUAA